GUGUGAUGCUAACAGGGUGGGCUAAGCAGAAGAACUCGAAAUACCUGUAAAAUAUAGUUAAAACUAUUUAUAAUGUAGAAAAUAUGGCGUUUGAGUAUGUGCGUGUUGGUUUGGCCCAACUUUAAUUUAAAACCACACAAUCCAAAUUACAUUUUGUUUCACAUUUGAUUGGAAGUUUUGCUGUCGUGUUGUAUGAGUUGUCAUAUUUUACUUUGUCUAGUGAAACAUCUUGCGACCCUGGCAUGGACAGCAGCAAUACCAUUUAUGUCCGUGAAAAAGGCAGCCUUCGUCGUGUUAGUGACAUAGUGCUAGCUCAGCCCAAACCAGUGUCAUCAUCAUGUAGAAGGACGAACCCAUUUGUGUUGAGAAAAGAGCAUUUUAUAUUUACCUACAAUGAGGAAGGGAGCCUAAGAUACACAUCCAAAUCUCUCUUUAACAUAGCCUUAUUGUUUGUUGCGGAUAAUAUCCAGCAUGUUGACUCUCUCGUGGGCUUUCCUGAGCAAAUAGGAGACAGGCUUUUUGCAGCAGUGGAGGAAAACCGUAUCUUUUCCAAUCCAGAUAUUUCUUCCAAAGCAAUGCAGUUGUUCAAUGAUGCCUAUGGAGAUUUGGUGCUUAGAUCUUUGUGUUUACGGAACAGGUUUCCUCUGUUUCAUGAGAAAAUGAAUGAAAUCAAAACAUUUCAUGGGUUGAGGACACUGGAUCUUUUUGGAUGUAGACUUGGAGAUGCCCAUGAGAUAUUUCAGCACCUGACAUCCAGCCUGAUGACAAGUUUGGAACAACUUUUUAUUGGUGGCAACAGUAUUUCAGAUGUGGGCCUGCAGAGGCUGACAGCACCAGUAAGAAUGAUGAAGAAGGGGCUGGACUCACUGAAGUCUCUGGACAUUUCCUAUAACCCUGUGACAGAGAGAGCAUUCAGAUACCUCACUUGCCUCCCAAAACUUGAAAAACUGGAUGUAUCUGGAACGGGUAUGAAGGUUGGUCCAGGACUGAAAAGAUGCAUCCAUGACUACCUCGGGCUCAUCCACUCUGAGAAACCACUGGACGAUUUUGAUCAUUCAAAAUGUAAAACAGAAGGAUGGGCAGAACAGGUGGUUAAUCAAUGGGAAACAUGCGGGACACAAAUGCCAAAGCUGAAGAAACUUGAAGAUUCAAGGACAUCUGCCCUACGCUUCUUCGGGAGGCAGAAGUUUGUGCGCGACAUCCUGAACGCAGCGCCUGUGGUAUAUAAGACAGAUGAUGAUCCCAAGGAGAUAUUACAUUUCUAUAAAGUUUCAGAUAUUAACUUGAAACAAGAAAUACCUCAUUCUCCCUCAGGGUGUAAAGAUGUUAAGUCUUUGCUGAACAGUACAAAUAAGAGGCCGUGUCAGUCUGACAGGUGUGAGAGUGAAGCCCCGCCCGCUAAAAGAUCAUCAGCUUUCACAGCGGAGGACAUGGACUUGUUAAACAGCUAUUAAAUGUUUACCUCAUCUGAGCCAACAUAAUGCCCUGUGUUUUUAUGUACUUUUUUUAUUAAUAAAGAUAAGUGAAAGUUAUAAUUGCAUGAAAUGGUUUGUUUUGGAAAGAUGCAUUUGCAUUUGUUAAGAUAUUAGUGUUGGUGUUUAUAGAGGUAAUAACAUUAACAGGUUUAAAAGAGGAGUAAAAUACCUGUUUUACCAGUACUGUCUGCAACAAAGCUUAGAAUUGAAUGCCACAACUUUUAUAUUACUUGCCAGAAGUGCAAUACAUCCACAGAGAUGCAUAAGCAUAAACAGUGCAAUAAGUAAAUGAAAGACCUACAGAAAAAACUGAUAAGCUGCUGGGUCAUUACUGUUAUCACCACAGUGUCAGAGUGUUUUGAAUGCUCAUUCUACAUUAGGAUUAGCAUCUUAAAAUCUUCAUCAGUUUAACAACUAAAUGUAUUAUCUGUCCUACAAAUGUAUUCAUGUCAUGUCAUUGUAAUUUAAUUGAUAAAAUUUGUUGUGCAAUUUGUACAAUGACAAAGGGAUUUCUGAUGAGGCUAUCUGAGGUGUGACACCAGUCUCUUUUGUAUUCUCACCUUUAUCAUCAUCAUUGCUAAGAAAAAGGAGUGUUUAAGGAGAAGUCCUUGACAAGCAAUUUCCAAGUACCAAAAUGAAUCUAUUGUUGGGUUUGUUCCAAGUUUUAGAAUUAGACAGCUACUGUUACUGCUACUGAAUAUCACUACUACUGACUAUAACUAUAACUGAAAGGUUUUCAUUCCACACUCUUCUCUCUAAUUUAUGUCUCUCUUUUUAAAUUUUAAUCUUUAUGAUUAUUUAUGUUUCGAUUUGUUUUUAUUAUGAUUUUAAUGUAUUUCUUAUUCUGUAAAGCACUUUGAAUUACUUUGUGCACGAAUUGUGCUAUACAAAUAAACUUGCCUUGCCUUACUGCUUUA